UGUUGGUACUGAAGCAGACGAUAAAAACAGAAAAAAGAAAAAAAAAAAACGAGGAGUUGAUUUGAUAGACGCUGUUGUGUGUUAUUCAUUUUCAAUUUCGAAAUUUCUUGUUUCGAAUUUUUCCACACUAUUCCUGAUGUCCAGCAAUACGAAACGAAUAGUCCCAUGGAUUUCCAUGGAAGAGUGGACACGGGUUUAUCAACAAGUGUACUCCAACAAAAUUAAGGAGAGAUGGGCGGGACUGAAUCAAAUGACAAUGUGGAAAUCUAGGGUUGACAAGCUAUCUCUAGGUGUUGAAUGCUCUUUGUAUUUGUUACAAGCAAUUUUACGUGAUGAGGAAUACAAGAUGGAUCCUAACAGUGCCCUGUCUGAAAACGAUGUGGUUUUAAUGUACUCCACUGCCAUCAUUAGGUUCAUCAAUUUGAUAUCUCAUUUAGGACAAGUAGAUUUAAGACAUCAACCCAUAUCCGCCAUUGCCGAAAUGGCAGGGAUUCCCGACUGGCUUGUCAGUAUUCGGCACGAGGCUACCCACGCCAAGAUGCCUUCUUUGGAUAUCUUGAGGCCAGGCGCCAACUUGGCUAUGGAUUGGUUGAAGGAAAAUUAUUGGCGUACCGAAGAAGAAGAUAGCUAUGAUCUUUAUUGGCCCGAGUCCAAGAGGGCCACAUCUCGAAUGAUGCUUGCCAAAACGAAAAUGGCAGAGGAAGGGAAGAAUACGGGUUCGGCUGCCUCCAAGCAUGCAGUAAUACCUGAAGAAUUGCAACUAGCCGUGUCUAUGCUAGUAGUGCUUCUUAAGGAAAUGGGCUGUCGGAAUUCUUUCAAUGAAAUUCAGUCUCGAGACCUUCACCAGUACGCUUACGAACUUUGGCUCCAGACCAAGAUCCCUUCCACUCCUUUGAACAAAAAGGAAAUUGCCAAAUUGACAAUACCGUUAAAGAAAAUCCUUGCAAUAAUUUUUGAUGAAAUCAAACGGAUAUUGUCUGAAUGGGUGGAAACUGAUGGGGUUGAGGGAAUUGAACAGACAGAAAAAGUCGACGCACUCAAAGGGAAAUGUUUCAUCUCAGCUCUCUGUCAAAGUCCCCAUUUAUUGAAGAAACCCGAAAAGGGCACAAUUUUCUCCAACCUUAAACCCAUCUGGACAUUGAUUCAACAAUGGCAAACGGUUCCAUACUUGAUGAACAAGUUAGUCACCAUCGAAGUUGAAGAUGAUCAGCAACAACGAGUAUUCUUGAGUUUGAUAGGAGACAUGACCAAUGCUGUGCUGCAUGCCCGAAAUAAUCCUGAAAACGAAAAGAAUGUAUUCAAAUUCGAUGAAGGUUUGCGUUCUGUAGAUUGGGAUAAAAUGACACAUGCCAUUCUUCUAGAACCUCAUCCGGAAACCUGGAACACUGUAUCCAAAGUCUUUCUGUUAUAUGAUCCGCCUGUAAAUGCAAAGAAGAAAGAGAAAGUGGCCGCUUUGUUGCGACUAUAUUUGGGUAAAGACACUUCUGCCGAACCUUCAGAACGUGCCGCUUUUGGCAAGUCCACGAUUCACUCCAAAAUCUUCACUGCCGCAAUGUUGAAUCCACAGAAUGAGAAACCCUUAUUGAAAAGGGACUCGGGCAACCAACAUUCUCAAGACAACAAAUAUUCAGCUGACCAAGCCCCAGUGAUCGAUGAAUGGACCUUGUGUUCAGAACACGAUUGGUCACGUGUCCCUAUUGGUAGCCUUCCGAGUAUCACGACUGAUAAGCUGGAGCUGGAAGGAGUUGACUGGGAACUAGUUGAAGUAGAAGCUAUCGAUUGUAAUUCAGAUCGCAUCGUGAACGGUACAAAACGAACUGGAGAACGAUUCGACUGGAAUUCUUUACUGCGCAAGCGAAGACGAAGAGGCGGCCUGACCAAAGAAGGUCCAGUCGGACAUGUAGCGAAAACACCAUAAAUUAAUUUUGUACGCAAAUGUGUAUCGAUUUUAAUACAAUCAAGAUGGGCAUAAUA